GUGCUCUCAAUAUUUCUCUUCUAUUGGUCCGGAAUUUACUGUCGCUACAAUAGGUGUGGCGAAUCGUUGAUAUGGCCCGAGAAGAAUCGGCAAUAUGCGCAGUAUUUUCCAAUAUUCACGGCUCCACUUAUCGCCAUGAUAUCGCUAGCCUGGCUCGUCACCAACGUCUGCUACUCAAACACACCAUGUGCCAUCGCCUAUAACUGCAUGGCCGAUUCUGUCGCUCUCAGUGCCAUUCACGCUGUCUUAGCGUUUGCAUUACAGUGA